CGCCGGCCGCUGCGCCUGCCCCGCCGCCCAACGGUUGCUCCCGGCCUCGCCCGGCAGCCGCUCCCCUCAGUGGCAGGCGCAACAGGAGCUUCAGGAUGGUUCAUGCUAAGAGCUGGACCCUGAAGAAACACUUCGUAGGCCACCCUACUAAUAGUGACUUUGAAUUGAAGACAGUCGAACUCCCACCCUUAAAAAAUAGAGAGGUCCUGCUGGAAGCUUUGUUCUUCACUGUGGAUCCUUAUAUGAGAAAUUUGGCUGUUAAAAGAAGAGAGAGAGGGGCUUCCCUGGUGGCGCAGGUUGUGGAAGGUAAGAACUCAGCCUUCCCAACAGGAACAACUGUAGUGGCUCUCGGCUGGACGGCGCACUCCAUUUCUGAUGGGAAAAACCUGGAAGAGCUGCUUGCAGAGUGGCCGGACACGUUACCACUGUCUUUGGCUCUGGGAAUGGUUGGCAUGCCCAGCCUAACAGCCUACUCUGGCCUGCUUGACAUCUCUGGUGUGCAGGGUGGAGAAACAGUGCUGGUGAACGUGGCCGCAGGAGCAGUGGGCUCCGUUGUGGGGCAGAUCGCUAAGCUCAAGGGCUGCAAAGUUGUUGGAGCAGCAGGGUCUGACAAAAGGGUUGCCUGCCUUGAAAAGUAUGGAUUUGAUGUUGCCUUUAACUACAAAACAGUAAAGUCUUUGGAAGAAACUUUGCAAAAAGCCUCUCCUGAGGGUUAUGAUUGUGAUUUUGAUAAUGUGGGUGUAGAGUUUUCCAACGUUGUUAUCCCCCAGAUUAAGAAAUUUGGAAGACUUGCUAUUGCUAUACGUGGGCCCAUCUCUACAUAUAACAGAACCGGCCUCCUUCCCCCAGGUAAUGAGCCCACCCCGGAGGCCGUCAUCUUUAAGGAGCUUCACUUCGAAGGCCUCCCCGUCUACUGCUGGCAAGGAGAAGUCCGCCAGGCUCUGAAAGGCUUGCUGACAGGGGUCUCAGAGGGUAAAAUCCAGUACCAUGAACACAUCACUGAAGGAUUUGAAAGCAUGCCAGCUGCGUUUAUGGGAAUGCUGAGAGAAUUGGGGGAAGCAAUAGUGAAAGCAUGAACAAAAAUGACACAUGGAAUCUCGAAAUCAUUUGGAUGAUUACUUAGUUUCUUUAUAAUCAUUUAGUAAAAGGUAUGCUGUCUUCAUGAUCUAAAAAACAUUCAUUGUAAUGCAUCUGAUCUACCUAAUAAAAUAUAUUUAAGUGGAAUAUAAUUAGCAAGAGAGAGGGAAAAUUUCAUGUUGAACAAUGGCCAAGUGAACUUACUGCCUGCUAUAGUUCCCUCAGGGUUGUGGUAGAAAAUAAUGGCUCUCGAGUCCAAAAGUUUACUGCUUCUGUGACCUUGAACUUCUGAUUUUUCAUCUGUAAAGUGAGGACAGUAACAUCUGCUUCACAUACAUAUUAUACAUUUAUUUAAAACACCAGCAUAACACGUGGCAUAUAUUAGGUACUCAGUAAGUGUUAGCUACCUCCCUGCAAAAAUCAGUGAAUUUGAAGUCAAGAUCACCACCCCUAUGGCUUAUGGUUACACAAGGAGAAAUAACCAUUGCUGAUGUACACGGACUCAGGGGAGCCCCCAUUGGUCCUCUGCGGGCAGGUCUAACGUGGCAGACCAAGGAAGGAAUCUAUCGCUCACAACAGCUACAAAAAAAGAUAACAUAUGGGAAUCUUUAUAAGCCAACAAAAAUGUGAGAGAUUAUUAUGAAGAAAGCUUUGAAACAUGACUAAGAAACACAAAAGAAGACUGAACAUAUGGAAGUUACCAUGCUCUUGGACUGGGAGAUUCAGUAUCAUGAAAAUGUCAGUUCUGUUGAUCAGUUCUGCUACCAAAUAGAGGAGGGAUCAAAUUGGAGUACAAGGAAAAAAUAAGAGAAAAAAGUGCGAUUGUGUGUGUGUGUAUAAAACCUCUGGAAAGAUGUAAUAACAAGAACUGAGGUGUGCCUGAAAGAUGGGGGAUAAGAGAAAAACUACACUUUUGUGCUUUUUGAAUUCUGAAUCUAAUGAACAAAUUUAUUCACUAUUACAAAUUCAAUUAAAAAAAUUAAAGUCCCUGUGCUUCUGUGUCCCCUUCCCAUGUGGGGGAAAUAACAUAUGCAUGAGAAAAAACUCAGGAAAAAGUGGGGUCACCCCUACGGCUGGGCACCCCCUGGUGUUUUUACCUCUCGAACUUGUCCACAAGUUUGAGCCUCCAGCAGCGUGUCAGCUCCAGGUGAAGGGUUCCUGCCCCAGCACUGGGUCCCGUGGUGGGUUCUGUUCUAAGGCUUCUACCCCAGUAGCUUGUGACUCUCGGUAUCUGUCUGACUCUCCCACUCUGGCGGCAGUGGUUUACCCCGUGACCUAAGGUCUCUGCUGGAUCUCAAGAGUUGUUGAUUUUUUUAUGCUCAAUGUUUUUCUUGUUGUUAGGACAGACUGAUGACACCCAAGCGCAAUACAUGCUGGACCAGAAACCAGAAGUCAAGAGCAUGUACGUAUCUAUAUACAUAUAUACACAUAUAUAUAUUAUAAACAUAUAUAUAUUAGUUGGUUUUUUUUUUUUUGGCCUCCCUGUGUGGCUCACUGGAUCUUAGUUCCUCGACCAGGGAUUGAACCCAUGCCCUGGCAGUGAAAGUGCAGAGUCCUAACCACUGGACUGCCAGUGAAUUCCCAAGAGGAUAUAUUUUAAAUUUUGAUAAUACUUACCAUUUUUUCUUUGAUGGUUAAGUGCUUUUAGUCUUUCACCUAAGAAACCUUUACCUAUCUGUAGGUCAUGAAAUUUUUCUCCCAUAUUUUUAUUCUGUAAGUUUUACCCUUUUAGCUUUUAUGUUAGAUCUGUGACGGAGCAGGGAAUAGGGGAUUGGGAUUGACUGCAAAGGGGCAAAAGAGAAUUUUCUGGGGUGAUUUCAAUGUUCUGUUUGGAUGGGGAUGACAUAAGGGUGGAUAUGUGUCAAAACUCAUUAAACAGUACAUUUAAAUGCAUGCAUUUAUUGUAUAUAAAUUAUACGUCAAUAAAGUUAACUUUUAAAAAGAAGAAAAAUAGGUCCAGUACAAAAUUUAGGCCACAAGACAGGAGCUUCCUUGCUACCAAAGUGCUAUGGACUCCUGGCUUACUUGUAGGGAGAAAGAAGUACAAUAAGCAGCCAAAGAAAGGCCAACAUCUGUAAGAUCCACAAUCACACGUUACAUUCUUCGUAGGGAAGCCUCCCAAGUGGGCACUGAUAUAUUUCACCUUAAGAGGAGACAGGAAGAACAAAGAUCUUCAUGUUUCCCCCGUGCCCAUCUAAAUCUCUUUUCAGAAUUUAUUUUGGGCCCAACAGUAAAAUAGGUAAUUUUUUCCAAGAGACAAGCUAGUUUUUCAUACACCACUUAUGGAAUAUUCCAUCUUUCCUUUACAAUCUAUUAAUAACAUGGUUCCACAUCUAGACUCAUCUGUUCUUUUUUUCCGUUACAUUUUUAAUUAAUUUAUUUAUUUAUGACUGUGUUGGGUCUUUUUUGCUGCGUGCAGGCAUUCUCUAGUUGCGGCGAGGGGGGGCUACCCUUCGUUGCAGUAUAUGGGUCCUAGAGCACGUGGGUUUCAGUAGUUGUGGCACACGGGCUUUGUUGCUCCGCAGCAUGUGGGAUCUUCCCAGACCAGGGCUCGAACCUGUGUCCCCUCCAUUGACAGGCAGAUUCUUAACCACUGCACCACCAGGGAAGUCCCUCCAUUACAUUUUUGAUUGGUUGUUGCUGGAGUUCUGGACAGUUUUUAACUACACCUAUCAAUCUAUGCACAAUUUGUGCAUUUCUGAAAUAAAGUAUUAAAGAAAACAGUGCUCUUUUGAAUACAGUAUUUCAGAUUAAUGCACUUAGAACUUUUGCCGCAAUAUUUUAGCCUGAUGCUUAUGGCAAAUCCAUAACUGCUGCCAGGUAGCUAACUGGACUUGAUAUAACUCAACUGCAUCAAGAAAAUACGAUUUUUGCCGGCAUGUGCUAUUAUUCUACAACUCAGACAUUUAGUUUAUGUUCUGUGAACUGGUGUAUAUCCCAGGUGUACAAAUCUUUUUCAGUGAAAUCUUGAUAGCAAAGUGGUGGUCAACAUUCCAUAGACAUUCCCUGGUAAGAAAGAACCAGGCAGGAUAUCACCAAUGACAGAUUUUGUCAGCCCCACUGAAAAGGUUAAGCAAGAUCUACAGGGAUUCCAAUUUUAAGGUAGUAAAGAAUUCUGCCUUCUCCUCUGGAAAAUCCAAAACAAUAUAGAUGAUAAGAAACAAAAAUGGGGGGGAAUUCCCUGGCGGUCCAGUGGUUAAGACAUGGGCUUUCACUGCUGUGGACCCGGGUUCGAUCCCUGGUCGGGGUAAUAAGAUCCCACAAACCACGCGUUGCAGCUCCCCCAAAAAAAUUUUUAAGAAAAAUUUAGGGGAAGCUGUAGAAUGUUGUAAUAAAAAAGACAGAAAAUAACAGGUGAUGGUGAAAAGAUGAAACAAUGAUUUUACCGAUUUACUUAUACACUCCUGGUGGAAUGUAAAAUGGUGAAAUUUAAAGAGGUGUUUUUUUGCAGCAUUAUUCACAAUAGCCAAGGUAUCAAAACUACCUCAGUGUCCAUCAACAGAUGGAUUGGUAAAGAAAAUGUGGUGUGUGUGUGUGUAUAUAUAUAUAUACACACACAUACACAUACACACACACAAUAGAACAUUAUUCAGACUUAAAAAAAGAAGGAACUUCUGUCAUUUGCAGCAACAUGGAUGAACCUGGAGAACAUUAUGCUAAGUGAAAUAAAUCAGAGAAAAACACUGUAUAGUACCGCUUACAUGUGGACUCAAAAAAAAAAAACGAAUGCAUAGAGUAGAAAGUAGAAAAGUGGUUGCCAGGGUUGGGUAAAAUAGGGAGUGGUUAAUCAAAAGGUGUAACUGAGUUAUAAGAUGAAUAAGGUCAGAGGAUCUAGUGGAUAACAUGGUGACUACAGUUUUUAACACCAUAUUGUAUAGCUGGAGUUUGCUAAGAGAGUAGAACUUACAUGUUCUUGCCAAAAAAAAAAAAAAAUGUAAAUAUGUGAGGUGAUGGAUGUGGAUGGUGUGGACUCAUUUCACAAUGUAUAUCAAAUCAUCAUGUUAUAUACUUUACUUACAUUUUUGUCAAUUGUACUAGAUUGACAAAAUCUGAAAAGUGAAUUUUAUGUAAAUUCUAUCUCAAUAAACCUGAUAUAAAAAUUAAGAGACAUAUGUAAGCCCAAACAAUAAUAUUUGAAGACAUAUACCGUUUGGAAGAAUUUUACUGACCAGGAGAAAAAGCCACGACUGCCUUCCGAAAAGGUACUGAUGAGAUCCAGACGAUUCACAAGGUGGAGGAAAUCAGGGACUCAAAGGAGAGAACGUGCUUGAAAACACGCAUAAGAGCGGUUCAGGCCCCAGAUGCCACUCCCACCCUUCAUGGUCAGGGACUGUCCAUCACCCUAUGAAAAUUUCACCCCCAUAGAAAUCUGAGGUAUCAUCUUUCACCAAAGAGAACUUGAGAGGCUUUUAACUUGGGGACCCUGGCCCUGGAGGACAUAAGGCUGAAUACAGAUUAAGUGGAAUUCUGUAUACGGGUGAACUCCAACCCCAUACUACCAUGCAGCUUUCUUCCACCUGUUCCAGAAAAAUAGCCAGGCUUAUGGCGCCUGGAAGCUUAAGUCCUUCCCUAGAAAAACUGUAGACCCUUCUGAAGAAAUAACACUGCUCCAAGGACUGAGAGACACUGACAUUUAGGGUCCCAAAGGCAAAAUCUAAGUGAACACCCCCAUCACCCUUCUGUGAAGCCCACAAAUUGACCUAAGUCCAUGCUCCCAUGGACUCAAACUUCCAACCCAGAGAACCUGGACUUUGAGCUGGGAACAUGGAUCGAAUCAGACUUCGGACUGUCUCUCUUGGGGAAAGUAUGUACAACAUGUGGUGUGGGAAGAAGGAAAGGGUGUGGUUAUCAGGACAGACUGGGGCAGAAGCAGUGGAUGUGCUCACAAGGGGAAAACUAUUUCUCAGCCUCCCUUGCAGUUAGCUGAGGUUCAUAUGACUGAUGUCUGGCCAAAUGAAGAGUAGAAGUGAUUUCUAAGCCAGAGGUUCCCAAACUUUCUUGGUUACAGCAUCCUUAGUAGCACAAUCCUUUUCUCACAGUGUCCCUGGGCUAAAAGAAAUACCUGACAGUUCCAUUUGCUAAAUAGUUAGGUCCAAGCAACAGAAUAGUAUUAGUUGGUGCCAUGUCCAGUAAUUAGAGCUGUUUCCCUAAAACUUAAAAUAUCCUAGGAAGCCCCUGUGAAUUCUCUACAGUGCCCUGGGACACCUUUGCACCAAAAUGGGACCCAAGGUUCCAAGCUUUUCCAGGCCAGUGCUUAGAAACAUUGUAUAAUGUUCCAGGUCUUGCUUUCCUUGUCUCUGGGACCUUGGAGGCCAUAUGUUCCAGAU